UCUCCCAUUAUCUUUUUAAUGAACCAAACUCAGCAUAUUAAUGCUCUCAUAGUCAAUUCUUUCUCCGUUUAAUUUUUAUAGUUAAAACUGAUGUCUCUUCCUUUUAAUCACUAAUUCCAUAUACCAUAUGCAUAAAAUGUACAAGAAUUGGGCAACCUGAGCAAUGUAGAGGGGCUUAUUUUGAGUAGGAAUGAGCUCAAUGGAAACUUGCCAGUUCAAGGUAUUAAAUGAACUACUACUCCAUUCCAAUCCCAAAGUUCAAUUUAACUACUCUGCUCCUGUGAAAAUCUCGCUGACACUAUGUAUUAUUCUUGUUCAUCUAUUGAUAGGUUUUACAAAACUGAAGAUAUUAGAUUUGAGCUUGAAUGACUUUAACGGGACCAUCCCUCCAUCUAUUGGGGCACUUCAUUCUCUAAAGGCAUUGUUUCUAUCUUCUAAUUGGCUUAACGGCUCAUUACCAAAUCUCGGAUUUACAAGACUGGAGAUACUAGAUUUGAGUUGGAAUGAAUUUAGUGGAGCCAUUCCUCCAUCUAUUGAGGCACUUCAUUCUCUAAAGACAUUGUUUCUAUCUGGUAAUCAACUCAACGGCUCAUUACCAAAUCUUGGUCUGUGUGGAUUAAAGAGGCUUCAAGAGUUGGAUCUAAGCGACAACAAUUUUGAAGGGACACUUCCUCCAUGUCUAAACAAUCUAACAUCUCUUAAACUUUUAGAUAUUUCAAACAAUUUUUUCUCUAAAAACCUUUUUCCAGAUUUGAUACAAAGCCUCCCAUUAUCCCUUGAAUCCAUUGAUCUCCGUCACAACAAUUUCCAAGGCUUAUUCUCCUUCAGCUACAUUGGAAAUUAUUCUAAGCUUGAGGUAUUCAUGCUCACAGGCUACAAAGAUGGACUACAAGUUGAUGCUCAGCAUUCAAAUUGGAUCAAUAUGUCAUUUCAACUCAAGGUAUUGAUACUCUCUAAUUUGAGCCUAAACGGUGCUCUCCCAAGUAGUCUUGGUAAUAUGAGAGAUUUGGUCCAGUUGGAUUUGGCCUUCAAUAUUUUCUCUGGAAAAGUCCCUAAUAAAUUGCUUGUGGGGUGUAGCAAGUUGAGACAUUUGAGGUUGUCUAACAAUAGAUUUAAUGGCCAAUUUUUCUCAUCUAAAUUCAACCUGAGCACUUUGUUUCAACUAGAAUUGAACAACAAUAAAUUCACUGGAAGUCUAUUGAAUGUGAAGCUUGAGACAUUGGACAUAUUAGAUGUUAGCAACAACUACUUGAGGGGUCCAAUUCCUACUUGGGCUACUCAGGCGAGAUGGUUAAUUUCAAUGAGGAAUAACUUUUUUGAGGGUCAAUUUCCAUGCCAAAAACCUAUGUCUAUGUCGUUGUUUUUUCUGGACCUUUCUCAUAAUGUUCUUUCUGGUCAUCUACCUUCUUGCAUUGAUUUCACCAACAUCAAUGAGAUUCAUUUAGAAGGGAACAAGUUCACAGGAUUAUUGCAACAUUUUCUUCCCAAUUCCUCAAGGAGUCUUUCUGUGUUGAAUCUCAGAGAUAACAACUUGUCUGGCUUCAUUCCUGACUUGAUUGAUAUAAACAUAAUGGAUCUUUCUAGCAACUUAUUCUCUGGAACAAUACCCUCUUGUUUCCAAAAUUUAACCUUUGGGGUGACGGAGAAUUAUAAUGAAACUCUUGUACAAGAUCAAUCACUGUUUAUUGGACAAUUUUUUGAUGAAAGUUACAUAUAUGGAGAUCUCACAGAGGAGGAUCUUGACUUUCUCUCAUUAAUUGAGACUACAAUAUUGAAUGAGAUUUAUCUAGUUGAUAAAAACAGGGGAAGCUUUUUCAAGGGUAGUAUACUAAAUUUCAUGUCUACUCUUGACAUGUCUUGUAAUGAUCUAACUGGAGAUAUCCCUCAAGAGCUUGGAAAGUUUGCUCAGAUUCGUGCUUUAAACUUAUCUCAUAAUCAAUUGACAGGUCCUAUUCCAAUUACUUUGUCAAAACUAUCCAAGAUUGAAAGCUUAGACCUUUGCUGUAAUAAUCUGAGUGGAAAUAUCCCUCUAGAGUUGACCAACCUGAACUUCUUAGAGGUCUUCAAUGUGUCAUACAACAACUUAUCUGGCCAGAUUCCAAUGAAAGGACAGUUUUCAACAUUCGAGGAGAGUAGCUAUGAAGGAAACCAGUUUCUUUAUGGGUUGCCAUUGGAGAAAUGCUGCAUCAUGUAUCCUAAGACGCCACAUUUAGAAUCAUUGCCUUUGGUUGCAACCAAAGGGAAAUGGUAUGAAGUUGACCUUUCUGCUUUUCGUGCAUGUUUUUUCCCAGCAUAUGCGGUGUUCUUUCUAUUGAUUGUGUCCCUUCUCUACAUCAACCCUCAUUGGCUUAAAAGGCCACUUUAUUUCAUAUUGAACAUAAACUACCUUCUGAAUUUGGCAUUCUUCAAGAUUUUGAGUCAUUGAUGAAAGUAGUCCAACUUAUUACCUAGUUCUUGCAACUUUAUGUACCAUUUAGUCAGUUUAGUCCUUUGGUUGUGACAACAACAUUUAGUUAUUGUGGAUACAUUUGGGAAUAUGAAUUUGAAGUAUGUGUGUAUUUGAAUUUGGCGUUUAAACUCAAAUGAAGUAUUUGUUUUUAC